AUGGAGCAGGCCUGCGAAGUGAGCCGCCGCAGCUGCCUCGUCCCCUUCGGCACGUCGCUGGCGGCCGCCGAGGCCAAGGGCGGCCCCUUCGGCGAGGGCCGCGGCCCCGAGCCGCCCGCCAUGCAGCUGGCCGCCGCCAAGCCCGUCUACGGCCAGGACCCCUCGUCCUGCUACAUCCCGCUGCGCCGGCUGCAGGACCUGGCCUCCAUGAUCAACGCCGAGUACCUCGGCGGCGCCGCCGACGGCGCUGAGGCCCUGCCCGACCCCGGCUCGCCGCCCCCCCGUCUCCCCGCGGCGCAGGACCCGGCGGCCGGCGCCGACGGACCCGGCCCGGCGGCCGACGCGCCCCGCGGGGCCCUGGCCUUCCCCCGGCUCCUGCGGGACGGCGGGGAGGCGGCGGAGGAGGAGGAGGGCGCCGAGACGCCGGAGGAGGAGGAGGACGACGAGGAGGAGGAGGAGGAGGAGGCGGCGGCGGACGGGGAGGAGGAGGAGGCGGCAGCCGAGCCCGGCUCGCGGAGCCGCGGCCCCGGGCCGCAGCAGGGCCCCGCCAGCCCGUCUCCGCCCCGCUUGCAGCCGGCCGAGCCGGUGCCGACGACGGUGCCGGACGGCGGCCCCGGGGAGAAGCCGGAGCCUACCGCCGCGGCGGCGGCGGCCCUGCAGCUUAUCCGAGCCAAGAAGAAACCUACUCCAGUGAAGUAUGAAGUUGGGGAUCUUGUUUGGGCCAAGUUCAACAGACGCCCAUGGUGGCCAUGCACAAUUUGUCAUGACCCAGUGCUGGACUGUCACUCAAAAAUGAAAGUUUCCAAUCGGAGACCGUACCGAGAGUACUAUGUGGAUGCCUUAGGAGAACCUUCAGAGAAAACCUGGGUUGCUGGGAAAGCUAUUGUCCUCUUUGAAGGAAGACAUCAGUUUGAAGAGCUGCCUGUUCUUCGGAGAAGAGGAAAGCAAAAGGAAAAAGGCUACAAACAUAAGGUUCCUCAAAGAUUUAUGGCUAAAUGGGAAGUCAGUGUUGGACAGGCAGAAGACAUUCUUCUCGGGGGGCCAGAGGAUCAAAAGUGCAGCCAGAACUCCAGCGAGCUGGACAGUGAGAAGGAAGUGCAGCUGGAAUACUAUGCCAAUGGCCCUGGAGCAGAAAGGGACAGGCAGCUGAAUGGCUGUUUUAAAUCCUUGGCGUUUGACUCCAGACACCCAGCCAGUGAAAAAGGAAAAUUGCACAUUAAGCCACAUGUGAAAAAAAGCUCUGACAGCAGAAAAAGGACUAGAGUAAAAAAGAGUGGCGCGAGAGGGGAAGCAUCUAGGGGAGAAAUCAAAGAAAAAACGCCAGAGAGCAUAGUUAGAAACAUGAUUGUUGGGGACCUACCAGAUAAACACGCAUCUCAUGAACUUCGCCGGAUUGCCAGCAGCCUAACAGCAUCCAGUAGCACCAGGGGAAACCAUUUGCUUUCCUCCUUUGGAGAAAGACGUUUUGAAAAGACACCUUUGAAACUGGGCUAUGAGAAUCGUAAAAGCGAUGCUCUGAAGAACACCCUCCAAGGGGAUUUGUUUUCCAGUGCGUCUUUGGAGAGAGAGAAGAGCUCCCUGGGCAUUUUGUGCAGUUCCAAAUUACAAAUACACUAUUCUGCGUCUGAUGGUGGUAUUGAGAAGAAGCAAACUGAAUCAGAUUCAUCCUCUUCCCUCUCAGAUGGUGGGAACAGUGAUGUAGAUACCAUGGACCAAAGUUCAGAGAGAGCCUCUAGUGCUCUUGAAGUUAGUGAUUCUUCAGAUAAAGUGGAGAAGGAAUUUCCUAUGACGUCAAGUGGAAACAUUAAGCUUUCCAUGUAUCUUUCUCAGAAGAGCAACAGAAGGGCCAGGAAGAAGUCAUACAGAGAUCGCAAACCUCUGGGAGGUUCAGUAACCAGCAGACUUGAUGCUGAAUUUGCAGAUGGGGAGCUUGAAGUAGGCUUCUCUGAUGCUGAGAUGUCAUUGACGGCUCUUGAGCGCUCUUCAGAUGUGAGAAAUGACAAUCUUUCCCUAGCAAACAAGCACACUACUCCCCAAAGUGUUUCCAAGGACAGCUCCUGGCCUGCUGUUGCAAAUCAAGCAAUCUUAAAACCGAAAAGCAUGAAAUUGUCCCGAAUCAGGAGUAUAAAAUGCAAACAUAAAGAAAAAGUUGCUGGGUUGCAGCGUUCUCUUGCAAAAGAGGAGGGUGGCACAAAUCGCUGCUCUUCUGAUACCAAAGGUUUCUCUGGCCUUCAGAGAAGCGGAAAAGUUGAUGGUCAGAAACUGUUAAACAACAUGCAUGAGAAACCCAGGGAUUCUGCCGAAAUAGAAACGGCUGUGGUGAAACACGUCUUGUCAGAGCUGAAGGAGCUGUCUUAUCGGUCCAUGAAUGAUGAUGCUAGUGACUCUGGCGCUCCAAAGGCCACAGUACCUUUACUUUUCUCUUCUGCCUCUGGUCACGGUCGUUUGCCUAUUGAGCCAGAUUACAAAUUCAGCACCUUGUUAAUGAUGUUGAAGGAUAUGCAUGACAGUAAGACAAAAGAGCAGCAACUGAUGACUGGUCAAAAUAUGGUCCCAUUUCGAAAUACCAGCACAGCUGAUGGUUCUGGAAGCAAUUCUGCAAGUGGUCUGAAGUCCUUGUCUAUUGUAGGUCCCCCAUAUAAAAUAGAAAAAAAUGGAGAUUCUGUCCAGGAAACGGUAAAUCCAAACUCCGCUAUAAGCAACUCUUCAUUUUCACGCAAUCCUCCAACCAAGUUGACGGGGAUUGGUACUAGUAAAAGGGAGCCCACAAGUACUGCUGUUUCUGGGACAAAUGGCACAAAUUGUGUGCCCAAACGCAACUGUUCAAAAUCUAAGCAGUCAUCAAAGCUUGGAGAUAAAACAUUUUCAAACAGAAAGGACUUAAAACCAGGAGGGCCAAGUAAGUUGCUAAGUCGGUUAUCCAGAGAUUCAGGAGAACAUGCAUUCCGCGUUCAUGGUUCGGUUACCAGUCCUCUAGGUAAUGAAGCAGAAGAUACUGAGAGGAAAGAGUCUGUUGAUUUAACAGAACAUUCAACUGAUGAAGACUCUGCCUGUUUAUCUGAUGACAAUUUAGGUCGUAUUGGAAGGAGACCUGAAGCUGGUAGAAAUAUUGAGAGCUGCACUUCUGCUGAAAACGGGGAGAGUCCAGACUUGGAUUCAGAGGCAAAUAGUGAGAGCUCUCUUGGUGAUGAGUCUAAUGAUAUAAAUCACGUAGCACCCAAAAAGCGAUGGCAGCGUUUUAACCAAAGCAGUGCUAGAUCUAAUAAGAACAUCGGUAGAUCUAGGGAACAAGGAAGCUUGGAGAGUGCCUUUGGCCUGAAUUCCCGUGGCUUUUCACUGAAGGGAAAUGAGUGCUUGGGACGUAGGCAUUCCCCUCAUUCAAAGGUGCUUGAGGGAGACCUGGCAGAUCAGGACUAUGAGAAUCAUUUAGACUUAGUUGAGAAACGUUUGAAUGUAUGUGGUAAGCCAAACAACAGUGUGAUGGACUCAGAAACAGAGCUUGGCAACUUUGCUCCCCAGUCUGAAUUCUCUGCACAAGUACAUUCAGAGAGGAAACGCCUUAGAAAGCCAAGUAAACGGCUUCUGGAAUAUGCAGAAGAAUAUGAUCACUUAUUUGCACCCAAGAAAAAAUCAAAGAAGGGCCAGGAGCAAUUGCUAAAGGUGAAUUCUGUGGUGAGGUCUGAAUUUGAAGGAGGUCUUCCUGCACAAUGCAGUCCUGACAGAAGUACCCAGCGGGGGCCGAGUCCUUUGGUUUCAACUCCGUCUUCAACCAAAGAGUCUCCUCCCAUCCUUGAAGCAGAGUGCUCCUUCUCAGAACUAGGGUCCCAUUCCACUGAUCAACUUCUAGAAGGACCUUCAGAUUUUCCAGAGCUGGUGCUGUCUUCCUCAGAUGUUUCUGAAGUUUCUGCUUCUCCAGAUGCAGAAGAGAGAUUCCUGAAAUCAGGAAACUUCGAAAGCAAGCGUCAAAGGAAGCCCACUAAAAAGCUCUUGGAAUCCAAUGAUUUGGACACUGCCUUUAUGCCAAAGAAGGAGGAGUGGACUCCCCCAAAGAAGGGCACUGGCCCUUCGGAGAGCGACAGCUCUGAGCUCUACUCACCAGCCCACUUCUCGGACCUGGGAGAAGCUUCUGAAAAGCUCUUGGAGAAGCAGCGGAAGCGGAAGAGACAGCGCCAUCCCUCUGCUGCAAUGCAUUCCAAGAAGGAGAGAAAUGAGGAGGGGCUGGGGGAGACCCCACACUCUGAGGGGGAAACAUCGGUUCACGGGACUGCUGCAAGCCCCAAAGAGGGUAAUGAAGAGGGGUCAGAGAAUGACCAUGGAGUGCCUUCGUCCAAAAAGAUGCAGGGAGAGCGUGGAGGAGGAGCAGCUCUCAAGGAGAAUGUGUGUCAGAUCUGCGAGAAGCCAGGGGAGUUGUUGCUGUGUGAGGCGCAGUGCUGUGGUGCUUUCCAUCUGCAGUGCCUUGGGCUCUCUGAGAUGCCAAAGGGCAAAUUCAUCUGCAAUGAGUGUUCCACAGGGGUCCAUACCUGCUUUGUGUGCAAGAGCUGCGGGGAAGAUGUAAAACGGUGCUUGCUGCCCCUCUGUGGGAAGUAUUACCAUGAAGCGUGCAUACAAAAGUAUCCGCCCACGGUCAUGCAGAACAAGGGCUUCCGAUGCUCCCUGCACAUAUGCAUGACUUGUCAUGCUGCUAACCCAGCAAACAUCUCUGCAUCUAAAGGUCGCUUGAUGCGCUGCGUGCGGUGUCCAGUUGCGUACCACUCCAACGACUUCUGCCUCGCUGCUGGGUCUGUGGUCCUCGCCUCCAACAGCAUCAUCUGCCCCAAUCACUUCACUGCACGGAGGGGCUGCCGCAACCAUGAGCACGUCAACGUCAGCUGGUGCUUUGUCUGCUCAGAAGGGGGCAGCCUUUUAUGCUGUGAGUCGUGCCCGGCUGCGUUUCACCGUGAGUGUCUAAACAUUGAGAUGCCAGAGGGAAGCUGGUAUUGUAAUGAUUGCAAGGCAGGCAAAAAGCCACACUACAAGGAAGUAGUCUGGGUGAAAGUUGGGCGCUACAGGUGGUGGCCAGCUGAGAUUUGCCAUCCUAGGACAAUUCCUGUCAACAUCCAGAAAAUGAAACAUGACAUCGGUGAGUUCCCUGUGCUGUUCUUCGGCUCCAAGGAUUACCUGUGGACACACCAGGCCCGUGUGUUCCCUUACAUGGAAGGUGAUGUCAGCAGCAAAGACAAGAUGGGGAAGGGCGUGGAUGGCAUAUACAAGAAAGCUCUUCAGGAAGCUGCAGUAAGAUUUGAAGAGUUGAAGGCACAGAAAGAACUGAGACAGCUUCAGGAAGACAAAAAGAACGACAAGAAACCUCCUCCCUACAAACACAUCAAGGUGAACCGGCCAGUGGGUAAGGUGCAGAUCUUCACUGCAGACCUGUCCGAGAUACCACGUUGCAACUGCAAACCAACAGAUGAAAACCCAUGCGGCCUGGACUCGGAAUGCAUCAAUCGCAUGUUGCUCUAUGAAUGCCACCCCAUGGUCUGCCCUGCUGGGGAGCGCUGCCAGAACCAGUGCUUCUCCAAGCGGCAGUAUCCCGAGGUACAAAUUUUCCGCACGCUGGCACGAGGCUGGGGCUUGCAAGCCAAAACAGACAUCAGAAAGGGCGAAUUUGUUAAUGAGUACGUUGGGGAGCUAAUUGAUGAAGAGGAGUGCCGAGCCCGAAUCCGCUAUGCUCAGGAGCACGACAUCACCAAUUUCUACAUGUUGACACUGGAUAAGGAUCGAAUCAUUGAUGCUGGGCCAAAGGGCAAUUACGCUCGGUUCAUGAACCAUUGCUGCCAGCCAAACUGUGAGACUCAGAAAUGGUGUGUGAAUGGUGAUACUCGGGUCGGUCUCUUCGCAAUUGUAAAUAUCAAAGCUGGGACUGAGCUGACUUUCAACUACAACCUGGAGUGUUUGGGAAAUGGAAAGACCGUUUGUAAAUGUGGUGCCCCAAAUUGCAGUGGCUUCCUAGGAGUACGGCCAAAGAGCCAACCCAGCCUCACCGAGGAAAAGUCCAAGAAGCUAAAGAGACGGCCGCAGAUGAAGCGCAGGUCGCAGGCGGAGGUGAUGAAGGAGCGAGAGGACGAGUGUUUCAGCUGUGGGGACGGAGGGCAGCUAGUUUCUUGUAAGAAGCCAGGCUGCCCCAAGGUGUACCACGCAGACUGCCUCAACCUGACUAAGAGACCUGCAGGAAAAUGGGAGUGCCCGUGGCAUCAGUGUGAUAUGUGUGGUAAGGAAGCAGCUUCCUUCUGCGAGAUGUGCCCCAGGUCCUUCUGCAAGCAGCACCGGGAAGGCAUGCUCUUCAUCUCCAAGCUGGAUGGACGUUUAUGCUGCACAGAGCACGAUCCCUGUGGGCCUAACCCUCUAGAGCCGGGAGAAAUUCGUGAGUAUGUGCCUCCCAUAGGAGCCCUGGCUAACGGCGAGGACACCCAGCCACCAGAGCAGCCACCUGCCGACACAGACCUGAGCGUUCAGCCUCUGGACAGCCUACCUCAGUCUGUGGCCCUCAGACUGCAGUCACCAGAAAAGCCCCCCGCUACCCUAGCGCUGAGGCUGCCGCCGUCAGACAAGCCCCCCACCACCCUAGCCCUGAGGUUGCAGCCGUCAAACAAGCCCCCCACCACCCUGGCCCUCAGGCUGCCUCCACCAGACAAACCACCCGCCACCCUGGCGCUGAGACUGCCACCGUCAAAUAAACCCCCCACCACCUUGUCACUGAGGCUGAAGCCAUCCAACAAACCCCCCACCACCCUCUCGCUCCGGCUGCAGCCUUCAGACAAACCUCCCACCACCCUGUCGCUCCGCCUGCAGCCGUCGGACAGGCCCCAGGCUGCCCUGUCCCUAAGGCUGCAGUCAGAGAAGCAACCCAUCAUCGUAGCGCUGAGGCCUCAGCAGCCUGACAAACCUCCCACCAACGCGGUGCUGUGGCCACUGGAUGAGUCCUCCAGUGAUGCCUCACAGCCUCAUCUGCCGAGCAAAUCUCCUCCAGGAACUCCACAGUCGUCGGACGAGUCGCUUGUUGCUGCUGGUACCCUGCAGCUCCAGCUGUCGGAUGAGCCUCCUGCUGCCCCUGGGGUUUUGGGGUUAUCGGACAAUUCUCUCAUUAACACCAGGACCCAGCAGCCUGAGCUGCUGGAUGAGUUCCCAACGAAAUGCCUGCAUCCUCAACUGUCGGACAGACUUCUCGCCACGGCGGGGACUCUGCAGUCCCAGCCGGUGGAUGAGCCUCCUGCGGCCGAUCUGCCUCAGCCGUUGGACAGAGCUUCUGCCCAGAGUCCGCAGCUUCGGUCUGUGGAAAAGGCUCCCAGCUCCGUGGUGCUGCAGGUCCCAGCAUCGGAGAUGGCUCCCAGUCCCGGGGUGCUGUGGCCUCUGCCCAUUGAAAAAGUCCACAGCUCCCUGGUCUCACGGAUCCUGCCCAUGGAGAAGGCUCCUGGAUCGGCUGUGCCACGGCCCCCGCCUCCAGAGAAGGCUUCCUUCUCCGGGGCAGUGCGGGUCCCAGCCACGGAGAACACUCCCAGCUCUGGGGUGCCCCGUUCCCUGCCCCUGGAGAAGGCUCCUGCCUCGGGGAUGCCACGGAUCCUGCCCACAGAGAAGGCUCCCAGCUUAGGGGUGCCGCGGCCGCUGCCUCUGGAGAAGGCUCCUGGCUCUCGGUCACCGCAUGUCCUGCCCAUGGAGAAGGCUCUCGGCUCGGGGGCCCUGCGAAUCCCGCUCACACAGAAGGUGCUUGCCCCCGGGGUGCUGCGGCCCCUGCCUCCAGAGAAGGCUGCCGACUCUGGGGCCCUGCGGGUCCUGCCUCCGGAGAAGGCUCUCAGCUCCGGGGUGGCUCGGCCUCAGCUCUUGGAGAGGCCUCUCACUCUUACAGCCCCGUGGCCUCAGGCGUCAGACAAGCUGGCUGCUGCCGUGGCUCCUCGGCCUCAAGCCUUGGACAAGCCUCUGGCUGCAUCAGCUCCGAGGCUGUUGCUGUCAGAGAAGGCGCUGCGGCCUGUCGACCAGAACGCUCAGCCAAAGGAGAGAGGAGCCCUGGCCGUGGAACUGAGUCCCCAGCAGAAAGAGAGGACCAUGUUAGCUGGCGAGCAAAUCUCUUGGUCUGCUGGGAAGGUGGUGACGCAUGUCGGACAGGUACCUUGGCCUACGGAGAAACUACAGACGCAUGAGCAAACCCACUGGCCCACUGCAAAAGCCCUGACGCCUGCAGAGCAGCCUCCCCGGACAGCAGAGAAACUACCGGAGCCAACCCUUCAACCCAGCUGGGAAGUGGCCUCAGCCCCCGCAGAGCAAACCCCUUGGACAUCAGAGAGAUUGCGUGCAUUUGAGCAGACCCCUCGGCCAGCCAGGGAAGCACCAGUGCCCCCGGAGCAGAUGCAGUGGCUUGUCACGAACAUUCAGACAAUUGACCAGAUUUCUUGGCUGAGUGGAAAAGCACAGACUCCUCGGGGGCAGGACCCUUUGCCUGAACAAAACACAGCGCUAGCCCGUAACCAGGAUUCUGUCUGUCGUGAGUUGGCCGACUCAGAGCCAAAGUGAGGUUGGUGAAUAUGGGAGGCAGGUUUCAGUCUUUUAAUGUUUAGGGAGGGGGAUCUUUGUUUUGUUUUUUUUAUUCACUUCCCUGAGCCCAGCCCCUAACCCAUGCACAUCCCAUCCAUAUUCUCUUGUGACAUGAGCAAGGACAUUCUCUUAAGUCUGAGUGUGGCCCAGCCGAAGGGAGAGAGCAUCCAUGACCUUUUCCUCUUCCUUUUACAAAUGGUAAAGCUGAAAUAAAGAGUCCACUCUGGGUAAAAAUCUCCAAUUCCAUUGAAAUGGUCACAUUACUGAUCCAGCGUGUUCGAGCGCCAGGUCUGAUUCAUAGGCGGGUUCCCAGGUACAGCUAGGGGCCUUGCUUUUAUUACUGUAUUUAGAGGAAGCAGAUCAGUCAGGCUGCCCUGGGACUGGAGACGUUUCGGGGAUCAGGCAGUGAGCAGUCAUGUGUACGCCCUUGCUGGACUCUGUAGAAGCAGGGAAGGGGUUUAUCUGUCAUCUGCCCAAGUCUCUGUCCGUGCAGGGUGUUGCUUUGCGAGGUUUGUCCGUAUGUUCACUGGGACAUGCUGCAUGCGUGGUUCACUGAAGGACAGCUAUCGUCUCCAGCUGAGCUGGGAGAGGAGCCUGCUGCACUCGCUCAGUGCAGUUUUCUCCAGCAAUAGACAAUAUCCAUUCAGGCUCCUCUGUACAAAGCUGCGACUGGCCAGGCCUGAGAAACGGGGAAUCUGAAGGAGGUCAGGGAAAAGAGAGGUCUUGGAAGAAGCCAUCUGGCAGUACUUUCAUUCUUGUGUCUUAAUCCUUUAGCACAGGACACGUGGAGUGUUUCCUGCACUUGAAAACAUUGUGACCUAUAAAGCAGCAAUAGCAGAGUAGGGCAGAGUGGGUUUCCCCAAGGUGCUGAGCACUGCCCUGGCACGGUGGUGGUGCUCCCUUUCAAAUUUCCAUCCAGUCUCUUCUUGACUUCUGUCGUCACCGUGAGCCAGCAGACUGAGCAGUCUUUUCUCCCCUUGCCUCAGAGACAUGUUCAGGACGUGUUUGCAUCAUACCUGGUCUUCCCAGCAGCAGGACACACUGCCGAGCUGCAAGUGAAGCCUGUACCGUUUGCUACACAGCGCGGAGGCAAGGGUGCCGUAGCUGUAUUGGGACCCAUCUCAACACCUUCCCCUUGGGUAGCUUCUGGCUUAACUCUUCUACAACCAAAGGAGACUUGAAUUAACUGGACUGUGUUGGUGUGCGUGUGUGUGUGUGCGCGUGUGUGUCCUUCCAACUGAAUAGUAGUUCUCACACUGGAACACGGUGGGCUGCGGCAGCUGGCUGGCUUUCUUUUUACUCUUCUCCCUUUUCCAGUUAAGGAGAUGUUUAGUACCUGGUGGUCAUCAGGCUGGUGUCCAGACUAGGCCUGCUGAAAGCCGUUUACUCAAACGUUGAGGCAGAAGUUUGCUUGGCCGUGGUACUCGUGGGGCAAGCAGUAGAGUCCCAGGGACCUGCAGAGUGGCAUCUUGUGACCACCGGCACCCUCGCAGGCAGGAGGAGGAUGGGCCUCCCUGGGCGGCACUGCUCGGGCUGGAUGGGGUCGGUAUCCUGCCAAGGAAGCGCUGCUGACCAGCACACUCUCCCACUCUCACAACACAUUACCUCUGUGGUUUGCCUGAGCUCCGCCGAUCGGGGUGCUGCAGCCUCGGAUCUCCGUGCCCGCCACCAGACCCUUGCGCAGCUCCAGUGUAUCCUUCUCCUUCCAGGCAGAUCCGCAGGUCCCUCCCUGGAAAGGGAGCGUUCAGCUCCGGCCUGACCCUCUCCCUCCGCUGUGGGAGCAGGUCCUUGUUCCCACCUGGCUUGCAAGUGCAUGCUGCUCCCAGAGCAGACGGUCAUGAGCUUUGCGGUUUUCUAUGAAGGGAGGCAGACACUUGUACCGAGACAAAUCCCGAUCCAUUCUCCUUUCCUGAUGUACGCACCCCAAGACAACGUCCUGCUGUAAAGGCCGGGUGUGCUGGGCAUGAGGGGACAUUACCAGUGCUAUGGUGCAUCUCUUCUCUAGUCCGAAUCAUUUCAGAUCCUUUGUAGAAUAGCUAGCAACUUCGAAAAGCUUUAUGGCUUAUGGAAACUUACUGUUUAAUGUUGUUUUUUUCCGGGAAGACUGGCAGGUCAGUUCCUGCUUGCUGCUGAAACUGGGGAAAUGCAAGCAGCUUGUGUUUCUGCGUGACUCCUGCACAAAGGGAAUCAGGACAACUCCUCAGAGCCAUUGAGAGAGAAGAUAAUCUAAGGGCAUUCAUUAACUUUUUUAAACAAAAUUUAAAAAAAAAUGAUAAUGACGUUCAGUAUAUUAAGUAUUUAUCAUGUGUGAGAAGGAAAAUAAAUCUUGAAUUUACAUUUAUAGGCCUUCCCAUGAGCUGGACUUAGUCAUGUAGAUUGUGUAAGUAGGGUUACCUCCGUGCCAGCCACCCAGCCAGCUACAGCUGUAACCAGAAAGGUAUCUGCACUGCUCUGUCCACCUCCGCUUCGCAUUGUCACGUGUUAACUAGUUACUUGUUUCAUGAAAAAUAAACUGUGAAUAUUUUUGGUGCAGGCUUUUUUAAAUCUGUAAAAUGGAGAAGUUCUCAAUGAAUUCUCGUAAGUGCAGGUUUGAAAAAAUCACUUCUAUAAAUCGUGUGCUCACGUAGUAGGGUGAAGUUCACUGCAGCAGCAGCCUUUCAUGCAGCAGGCUCUUACCCAAAAGCUUAUUUUGAACAGUGAACGUGGAUUGAACCGUUGCAUGGCAUUUCAAACCCACAGCCUUAUUCCUUGCAUCUGACCAUACCCCACCUCUCUUCUUGUCUGCCUUCAUGCCUUUUCCAUGAGGAUCCAGGUUUCUGGCUUGCUACCUUCCAGCUACUGUCGGAAAGUUGACUUCAGCGUAGCUGGGAGGCUGCUCAGUAAAACUGACGUUUGGAAACAUCAUUGAAGGAGGAAGCCAACAAGCUGCUCUUCCCUCCUCGCCCUCGUUGGGCCCCUGGGGGAUGCUGUGUCAGAUCAGGAGGGCUUUUCAGACGUAUGCAGGGCUUGCAGAGGGAGUAGUGGUGCUGUUAGGAACGGCUGGCUGUGCUGGGUCACCUCAUCAAGACAGGCAAGGCCAGACCAGGCAUGGAGAUAGGUCCCAGCAGCCCUGCCCUGCCCAGCCUUCAUCGGCAGGGAGCAUGGGCUGAGAAACAGCUCUGGGCAACAAAACCCUCACAAAGGAAAUGUGGGCUUCUUCAGUACUUGAGGUGACUCUUGCUGUUGGUGGCAGCUGGUAGCACUGCCUUUGGAGGAGGAGAGGGAAAUGUCUGUACAGAAGUAGCUGGGUUCAUUUUCUGCAGUUCAUUGCUGCCUUCAGAGUUCAGCCAGUUUGAAUCACUGGGGUUUUUUAAGGUAGAGGAAAGCAGCGGAUAACACAUAUCCCUGGCAGACCGCUCCUGCGGGAGAGAGUCUGCUGCAGCUCUGCUCUAGCCUCCCUGAGCCCUUGCGCUGGGCUUGGCCAGCUUUGCUGCAGCUCUGUGGCCAAGGCCACGGUGCUUUUUUGCUGCAUUGGAGGGAUCCGAUCACUCGGCCGCUGACAGUUUCGGCUCAGCCAUAAUUGCACCCAAGGUGGGUGAGAGGUGACUGUUGCGUUGAUUCACUGUUGUGGAGAGUUGUAGAAGCAGAAUUAAGGGUGUAAUUAUUUCUGCUCAGAGCUGUGUCCAUUUCCCUGCUGUCCUAGGGGGGCUCACAGGAACUUCCCAGGCUCAUGAGCCCAUUCCCACUUGUAGGAAUGGCUCCCCCUUCCCAGUUCUGAAGGGGAUGAAGGAUUUGCUCCCAUGCAAAUGCUUCGCUGGUCAACAUCCUUGCUGUCCAGAUAGCCUGGCUGCCCCUGCUCAGAGCAGUGGGUUGGGGUCACUGGCCGUGGCCUCCGUCCCAUGGCGGGACCCACUUCAGCAGUGGAUUUCCCCAGUGGGCAGGAGAGUCCCAGUUGACCUUUGACGAGGGAGUAGCUCUGGUGAGGGGUAACGGCGUGGUCAGGGGCUCACAUUGGCACAGCCUGCCUGCCUAGGCAGGGGAGGAGGGUUGCAGAGGAGGAGCCACCGCAGGGCCUGUGGGAUGCGUGGGCAGGAGGGGAGCAGGCACAGGCCACCGUUCUGCGUGGCUCAUCCCAUCUGCACCAGCUCGCUGGGCUGGCGCCUGCUGUCAGCCAGGGCUCUGGUGAAUCUAGCAGAAAAGCAACCACUGUAAGGGAUAAUCUCCUACUGCACAUCUUCAGAUGCUAACUAGCUCAUGGUAGCUUGCUUUAUUGCUGUUCUCGAGUUAAAACUUUUCUUAUUUAACAAAAAACCCCACAAGAACCAGGUUCACUUCAAUGCACAAAGUAUCCAGGUGGUGCUGUGGGAGCAUGCGUUAUAAUUCAGGGUUAAACCCCCCCGCAGGCACAGGCUUCGCUUUGAAGGUGUGGCUGUUGUUAAAAUUCAGAUGAGAGAGAUGGUUGAAUCUAAAGGACAGUAAUAUACUAAGGUGAGACAAUGCAGAUUGAGGGUGCUAGAAGAGCUUCAGCUCAGUUUUGCAGAAAAAAAGGAAGAAAAAGAAAAAGCAGCCCUAACCCUGAUGCAUCUCGGCAGUGGUUUAACCUGAGCACGCUGUGGAUGUGCACUGCUCCUACCUGGACGCCGCAGCCAGCGUUGUGACAGGGCAGGGGGAGUUUGAGAAACCUUAGACCUUCAGCACCUUCCGUUUAUUUUUAAUUUCAGCCUUAACUUCUGAUUUUGCUUGAUGUUUGGAAUAACCAUAAUUGUAACCUGCUUGUAAUGUGCUUUGCCCUAAAUUACUCAUGAGGCUUUCAGCCUUUGCCAGCCAGUGAGUGUUAAAGCAAAGUGGCAAACCGUGCAGCUACUCUGAAAGUACGGAGGGGGCCGGCGAGGGCUCACGCUGUGUUUGAUUGCCUGGGCUUUGUCCGUGCUAAUUACUCCCCUGUGAUAGUGAGAACGCCGGUGGCAGCAUUUGCAGCCGAGGCUGUGCCUCUUGCAGCAGCACGGCCGGGCUGAUGGGUGCUCGGGGCUCCCAGGGCCUGGGAGGUGGGAUGCUGGAGCUUGGGGACUGCUCCGCCGCUUGCCUGGCUUCAGCAGGAGUCUCGCCUGCGGGGUGGCAGUGCCCUUGCUCAGCAGGAGGUGGGAAAAGGCAAGAUUUCUUUCUCCGGGUCCUCCAAAAGCGAUCUAAGCAAAGUCCGGUGCAGGGGGACAGCGUGCGUGAGCUUGGGCUGGAGAAGUGGCGGUGAUGGACAGUCCCUACAGCACUGAAUCUACCUCCUAGGGAAAUCUGAGAAAUGGGUGUUGCUAUGUCCUAUUUCAAGGUAAAGUUUUAAUCAGUUUGCCCUCGGCGAAGCACUUGGGCUAUUGUGGUGCUAUUGUAAACCGUUCGGCAGCUUAGCACAGUAGGGCUGAACUCACAGCUCCUGGCCCAUGGGCUGGAGGUUUCUUUGCCGGCUGAAUCCCUUCCCCUGAUAGCUGGGGCUGGGCUUCGGCACAUGUGACGGAAACAGGACGAGGCGUGACUCGGUUCCUUCGAUUUAUGAUGGUUUUGAGACUCAAACCAGUGUGCCAGUGGGCCCCGUGGGCAUAGGGAGUGAGUGGAGCCACAUGAAGCAAGGCAGGCAUCUGCUAACUGCAUGUUCUUUGUGUCCGUUUGGUACUGAGCUGGUUUCAGUUUUUGUUUUUUUCUGAUGUUUCCGAGUUGUUGACUUCAAGGAACUGGGUUUUGUGUAUUUUUUUAGACACUGGGAACUUGUUAAAAGGAAAAGCAGCAGCACCGGGAGGCUCAAGGUGGAGCGUGGCUGGAGCUGAGGGCGGCCUCGGCCGACGUGGGUGGGAGGAGGUCAGAUGUGUCGGCAGCGGCUGGCGCAGGCAGGGAGCAGGCAGGGAGCAGCUCUCCCUGCAACGGGCAGGAGAAGCCUUUCAGCAGCGGCGCUCCUGGCCCUGCUUAACCGCGGUGCUGAGUUCACCGCCCCACCAGCCUGCUCGCCUCCGAGGCACAGAACGUGUCGGAUACCGUGCCUGGCUUUGAAUGUCCCCUGCCGCCCGACGGUGCCAUGUGCUCUCAUGGGGCUGGGGUCCUGGCUGCCGGCUAGGCUGGGGCUCCCAGGUAGGGUGGCCCUGGCUGCCCGCUCCCCCUUCCUCGCUGCCCGGGGACCGGGAGGAGGGACAUGAGGGGCCACCCAUGGCAGUGGCAUAAGUUGUGCUGAAGCCGCGAGUGGGAGGUUUGCUCAGAGGCAGGGGGAAGCCUUGGUGUGAGCAGCCCCACGCUGCAUUACCCCCCCACCGAGGUCUGCUGCCCCCGGGGUGGCAGCGGAGGGGCGUCCCCCACGGGGUCCUGUCCUGCAGGCUUGGCCGGAGGGAAACACGGCGGGAGUCGAGGUGCCCGGCUGAGGCGGGGGCCGGCCGGAGCUGCGGGCGGGCACCGGGGCGGUGGCUGGGGCAAGCACUGCGUGGGGGACACGUGGGUGCUCGGCCCUGGCUGGGACUUGUCUGUUGGUUCUAAGCAGGGAUGCCAGAGCGGGUGAGAGAAACCUACAUAUUUCCAGCAUGUAUAUUAUUUUUAGAAGAGGGAGAGGGGAGAGUCUUGGACCAUUGAUUACUUUCAUUUUGCUCCCCUUAGACUGUUGGCUGUGUAUGUGAAACUUAUAAUGAAAAGAGGGUUGCCCUGCCUAGGUGCUCCCAGAACAUGUACUGUAAUUCUUUGUACAUAGAAGAAAAAUUACUGUAAAGUAAAGUUUAACUUUACUCUCGA